AUGUGGGAGUUCAGAUCAAUGUCUUUCUGGCGGGCGGUGUUUGCCGAGUUCUAUGGCACCAUGUUCUUCGUAUUCUUUGGGCUGGGGGCAGCCCUCCGCUGGACCACCGGGCCGCUUAAUGUCCUCCAUGUUUCUUUUUGCUUUGGGCUGGCGGCUGCCACCCUCAUCCAGUCCAUUGGCCACAUCAGCGGCGGUCACAUAAACCCUGCCGUUACCUUUGCCUACCUGAUUGGCUCCCAGAUGUCCCUGUUCCGUGCCUUCUUCUACAUCAUAGCCCAGUGUCUCGGAGCAAUGGCUGGUGCUGCCGUGCUGUAUGGGGUCACACCCAGCAACAUGAGGGGAAACUUGGCACUCAACACGCUGCAGCCAGGCAUCAGUCUGGGCAUGGCCACCACCAUGGAAGUCUUCCUCACCCUGCAGCUUGUUGUCUGCAUCUUUGCUGUGACUGAUGAGAGGCGCAACGGACGUCUGGGCUCUGCUGCCCUCGCCAUCGGCUUCUCUGUGCUCAUGGGGCAUCUUCUCGGGCUGUACUACACUGGAGCAGGAAUGAACCCAGCAAGGUCCUUCGCCCCCGCUGUCCUGGUUAGGAAUUUUGUCAACCACUGGGUGUACUGGGUGGGUCCCAUGAUUGGUGGAGCCAUGGGUGCCCUGCUGUAUGACUUUAUGCUGUUCCCCCGUAUGCGAGGCCUCUCCGAGAGGCUUGCCACACUGAAGGGCACCCGGCCCCCAGAGGCUGAGGGCCAGCAGGAGACCAGGGGAGAGCCCAUCGAGCUCAAGACACAAGCUCUAUAAGUCCCAAGUAGAAGAUCGGCUUUCUGACCCCUCCCCACACAUCCCUCACCCAUCACAUCUCACCCUCACCCUCAGUUCCCGGUCCAUCCUCGGCCUGUUAAGCGUCUCUGCACACAUACCUCCUCAGCGCCUACACACAUGCUAACACGUAUCCCGAACUCCUUAUUGUGCACCCACACAUCGAAGGGGCACCCACAGCCCUGACCUUCUCUCCUGAUUUCACAUCUAUUCACCCCUCCUCCUCCUCCUCCUCCUCCUACCUUGGACUGCAGGACAAAAGAUGGAGGGUUAGAAGAAGACUUGCCACUGAAGGAAGCACCCUGUGCCCUGCGGUGUGGGUCAGUCAGUCACUUCCUGGCUGUAACUGCUCAGGACAGGGGCUUCUCCCUCUAUCCUUCCUUUCCCUCCCUUCCUCUCUCUUUUUUUCCUCUCUUUUUCGUAGUCUGCUAGGAGUGAAGCUACAGUAGAGCAGUGGACUUCUGCAUGCUUUUCCAUUUUGAUCCGGUGUGAUCUCCCCAUCGUUUUCUUUUGUUUCAUGAACUUUGGGUAAAUUACAUGUACGUAUUGUACUUUACCAGUAUUUAUUUGGCUCACUUUUUUUUUAG